CAUCUGAACUCCACACAUGAAGGGAGCCAGCAGCCAAUCAGCGACCCGCAUUCAGCCUCUGAGCUGUGCUAAUUGUGUUGUUAUGUCAGCCGCUAGGUUUUAACCUGCCUUCCUGCGGGCUGAGGCGAUCCAGACAGCGGCCUCCUGUGCGGGAUCUGGCCCCAUGGAGACCCCCAGAGACCCGAUGGAGCGUCCGUCCAGGAAGCGGCAGGACUCCUUCGGGAUGCUAGACAGCCUGGAGGAGGACCGCAGCAGCUGCAGCUCAGACUCCAGCGCCGGCAGCGGCGCGUCCAGCCCAGAGGACAGCGAGGACGAAGACUUCGGCGUGGGCGGCCUUGGCCAUCAACUGACCACCUCUUCAUCCUCCUCCUCCUCCCUGAUGCUCAUCAAGACCAACGGACAGGUGUACACCUACCCCGACGGCAAGGCGGGCAUGGCCACCUGUGAGAUGUGCGGGAUGAUUGGGGUCCGGGACGCUUUCUACAGUAAAACCAAGCGUUUCUGCAGCGUCUCCUGCUCCAGGAGCUUCUCCUCCAACUCCAAGAAGGCCAGCAUCCUGGCCAGGCUGCAGGGGAAGCCGCCCACCAAGAAGGCCAAAGUUCUGCAAAAACAGCCUCUGAUGACCAAACUGGCUGCGUACGCCCAGCACCAGUCCAGCCAGCAGGGCGGCGCCAGAAAGAGCGUCUCUGUGGACGUGUUUGACUGGGGGCGGUACCUAGGAGACGGGGAAGUGACGGGCGCGCCGGUCAGCUGCUUUAAACACGUUCUGAUGGGGAAGUCGUGGGCCAGCGUCAGUGAAGGAGUCCGGGUCGAGGUCCCGAACACCGACAGCGGUCUGCCCAUGAAGGUUUACUGGAUCGCCAGCAUCAUCAAGCUAGCCGGUUUUAAGGCCCUGCUGCGCUACGAGGGCUUCGACAGUGACUCCACCAGGGACUUCUGGCUGAAUCUGUGCGUGCCGGACAUCCACCCGGUGGGCUGGUGCGCGGCGGGAGGGAAACCUCUGGUUCCUCCUCAGACCAUUCUGCACAGGUUCACCAACUGGAAGACCUUCCUCAUUAAGAGACUGACCGGGUCCAAAACUCUGCCGCCAGACUUCUCAUCAAAGGUGCAGGAGAGCAUGCAGUUCCCCUUCAAGAAGCAGAUGAGGGUGGAGGUGGUGGAUAAGACCCACCUGUGUCGGACUCGGGUGGCUCUGGUGGAGCAGGUGAUCGGCGGCCGGCUGCGCCUCAUCUACGAAGAAUGCGACGACGGGACGGACGACUUCUGGUGCCACAUGUACAGCCCGCUGAUCCACAGCAUCGGCUGGUCCCGCUCCAUCGGACACCGCUUCAAACGAUCAGACGGGACGAGGAAGUUGGACGGACAGAUGGACGCUCCUGGACAGCUGUUUGCCAAGGUGAAGGAGGUGGAUCAGACCGGACUCUGGUUCCAGGACGGGAUGAAGCUGGAGGCCAUCGACCCGCUGAACCUGUCUGCCAUCUGCGUGGCCACAGUGAGGAAGGUUCUGGCAGACGGAUACUUGAUGAUCGGCAUCGACGGCUCGGAAGCAGCCGACGGCUCCGACUGGUUCUGUUAUCACUCCACGUCUCCGUCCAUCUUCCCCGCUGGGUUCUGUGAGAUCAAUAACAUCGAGCUGACGCCCCCCAGAGGCUACGCCGGUCUUCCCUUCAGGUGGUUCGAGUAUCUGAAGGAGAGCAAGUCGGUGGCCGCUCCGGUCAACCUCUUCAACAAGGAAGUCCCGAACCACGGUUUCCGUCCUGGGAUGAAGCUGGAGGCCGUGGACCUCAUGGAGCCGCGGCUCGUCUGCGUCGCCACGGUGAUCAGGAUCGUCCACCGGCUGCUGCGGAUCCACUUCGACGGCUGGGAAGACGAGUACGACCAGUGGGUGGACUGCGAGUCCCCGGACCUGUACCCGGUGGGCUGGUGCCAGCUGACCGGGUACCAGCUGCAGCCGCCGGCCGUUACCGCAGGGUCCAGAGAUCUGCAGUCUGCCGGAUCCAAACAGAGGAGGAAGUCCCAGCAGUACCGAGGACAGAAGAAAAAGAGGAAGCUACCCGUUGCUAAACGCCCUGUCAGCCUCUCCGGCUCCGUGGUAACGGGAGUUCCCAGGAGCCUAUCAGGAGACGAGAACGAGACGCCGCCUGACUACCCGUCACCGCCCCCUCCGGCCUCGGCCGCCCGGCCGCCGUCCGCCGACCCCGACGCGGAGGGCGGUUCAGGUCUACAGAUGGAGAUCCACAACAACACAGGAGGAACGAAUUCCUCAUUCCAGCGAGCGGCGCCGGAAACCAACGGGUCGUCCCGAGAUUUCCUGGCCAGCAAAGAUCAGUAAACUUUGCUUCUUUACCAUCGAACCAUUUACUGUGACGAACUAUUAACUGCCGCCCGCUUCAUUGGUUUCCUUCCACAAACCCUCCGACGUUUUAUUCUUCUGAACCAAAACAGCCUGAAAAAGAAGAACAUUUAAGCUGAUUGACAUGAUGCAUUCGGGUGCUGUCAGGACAAUGCAGCUCUCAUGAAGUGUUUAAAGUUUUGAAGUUUUCUCCUUAUUUAAAACUUUUUUUGCCUUUAAUUUUUCCAGCUGGAGAGAAAAUUUUAUGGGUAUCCUGAAAAUGUCGACUAACUUUUCAUAACUUUCAACUUUGAUGACUGAAUUUGCUUUCAGAUAUUUCUCUAAUACCUACAAAGUACUCAAAGGAACUAGACUUCAAUAUGAGGUGACUUUUGAACCUUGCAGGAAGAGGACAGCUCAAUUAUAACAGGUACUCUGACUGAAAGAGAAACUGAUGAGUUUCCAGUAGACUUCAGCUCAUUUUGUAUUUCUCCCCUCUAAGCUGUGAGGAGGUAGGAUGUAAGUUUUAGAAAAUAACAGAAAGAUGGCCUCCACAUUUCAGAAAAGUGCCCCAAAAGUCUUGGGGACGUUGCAUCUGCCUUACAGGAAGGUCAAGGUUCAACUGGCUGACUUUUAAUUUAUCAGAGGGGAACUUCUGAGUUACAUUAAUGUAACCUCUAAGGUGCUGAACGACAGCCUCAAAGGUUCAAAAAGUAAUAGUUAAGUUAAAGGAAAGUCACACUGAAGCUGUAGAAAAGUAACUUAAGGUGACCUCUAAGUUACAGGAAGGUAAAAUUCAAGUUAUAGGAAGGUAGCCUCUACGUUGCAGAAUAGUAGCCUCUAAAAUGUGAAAAAACAACAAAAAAAAAACGUACCAUAUAAAAGCAGAUAUAUUAACUACAGUCAGAAAAUAUUUAAGUUUUAUAAGAUUCUUUUGUCUUUAAAUUUCUAAAAUAAAAGUGAAAAUUAAAUUACAUAUACAAAAAAAUACAAGAAAAUUUUGACAUAAAGCAAAUUUAUCUUUAAAGUUGAACAACCUUAAAAAUAUCAAAUUCUUCUGAUACCUCAGAAACCAGAAUUUAAAUAAGCUGCAGAACAAAAAGGUUUAAUUUGAUUAAACAGUUUUUAACAAAAAUAUAUUGGAUUUAAGAAGAAAUACUUUAUUCUAACAUUUUAUUACCUGUUCCGUCUUUGUGGCGUCCAUGAGAUAAAACAACACAAAUGUAAAGUUUGAUGUGUUUUUGAUGGUCAGUGAAGGAAGUUUUUAUGUUUUCAUUCAUGCAGAAAAUGAACUCAAAGUUCAAAAGUUGAAUUCUGCAUAUGUAACGUAAAACGUCGCAUUUUCUAGAAGAAAAUAAAUCUAUUGCAUUUCAUGAAGCUCUGAAGGUUUUAUAGACUCAAUUAAACUGAUUUUAUGAGACAUUUAUUUUUACAUUCUAGUAAAAAUGUCAGAAUUAGAGCCUAAAAUUUAAAUUAAAUGUAAAAAUGGAAGCUAGUUUCUCCAAAGGAAAACUUGCAUUUCUUUCGGUCGGUGUUAUUUUAUGGUUUGUUUGGUUUUGUUUUUUUUGUCAGAAAAAAAAAAACCAGAAAAAGAAUGAAGGGAACUGGAUUUAUUCAUUAUUCUAGUUUACAUUUACUCAUUUUUAUUUAGUAAGUCCAAAUUUUAUGAAAGCUUUUAACUGCCAUAAUCUUGGAAAUAGAUUUAGGAGCAGUAUCUUGUCAAAGACAUGUUUUAUAAUCUCGUUAUACUGGACAAAUUUUGCAUCUCUUUUAAUGAGAAACUUGUUUUUUUUUUGUUAUAAGAAGAAAAAUUCUCAUUUUAACAAUUUGCAUUCAAUUUUCUCAUCAUAGCAAAGUUUCUCAUUUUAAUGAGAUGCAGCAGACUGAUUAUGACUUGAUAUAUUUUGUUUAUAAGUCAUGUAAAUCUCAUUAUAACGAGAUUUUAACAUUUUGCUUCUCCUAAAUUUAUUUCCGGGUUCUGGCAGUUAAGGUCUUCCGUAAAAUUUACAUUUUUAAAAGAAGUCAGUGACAUUUUUUUUAUAUUUGCUCAUAACGAAUGUCUGAAUCUCCUUUUCCUGGGAGAAAAAGGCUUCCUCUCAUCUCAUCUCAUCUCAUCGAUUGUCUGUCGGUCAACCUCGGCCCGGCUCCCAGUUUAACGUGAAGAACCGGAACCAGUGCAAACUGGUUUCUGUUGUGAGAAAACAAUCAUGUGUCCUGGUGCUUUAUGUGGAGGAUUUGAGGCUCAUUCUGGGAGGAUUUCUACGCCUUCAGCUUGUGUUUUUAUAAAUAUGUCGGGUUUUCUAAGAGCUGAACAUGUUGAAGGCGUUCCUCGUCACUUUGUGACGCCGGCGUGUCGGACCGAACCAGUUCCUCAUCGAGCAGAGUUCGAUCCCACAGGAAAUGUAUCAGAAUGACCUCAGAGGCUCAGAACUGAUCAAAAACACAAAAUCUUAACAAGUAGUUUGGUUUAGUUUCUACUGCAAAUAUCUCAGCACACGUUAAAUGAGACAAAACUAACUUUUCAGUGAGAUAAAGGAGCGUGUUUUCAGUAAAUCAUUAAUAUUGAUUAAAAAGUGCUAAUUGGUUACAACAGAAUGUUAUAAGUGAAAUAAUCUGCCAGUGGAACUGGUACUUUUUUCUUCCACAUUAAUAAAUUAUUGACUUAAAAUAAGCUAUUUCGGUGAAAAGUUGGUUAUAAGUUACUUUUCUCUUAUUUCAAACUAACUAAAAAAUUUGAAAUAAUUUUGCACUAGAAACUAAACCAAAAACAAUGAAUAAAUGUUUGUUUUUCUGCAGUUCAGGUGAUAAAUCCAGAACAAUUUGGUCGAGUUUUGGGCUGAUUUACUCAUGUUACCUUAAAAUGUUGAGUAUUUAUUUCAAACACAUGGAAAUCUUUCUGAUUUCAUUUAUUAAAAAUAUAAAAGCUGCAGUCUGAACAGUAGAUGAGUCCUUUCACAGUAUAGCUAGGAAGGUGAAGAGGUCAUGAGACGUUUCUCCUGUGGGACAUCCUGGUUCCCUCUGAGGGUCGACUUCUGCUCUUUGUGCUGUUAAAUGUGAAAAUAAAGCUGAAGAUCUUCAGAAAAGAAUCAUUUUUAGAAGAAUCUGUUGAUGUCCGUGGAUUGUUGUGAACUUUUCUUGAUUCCCCAUCAGUUCGCAGGUUUGAAGACGACAAACGGAUCUGGAUCAGCUUGCUGUAACUGUCUGACUACAGUCGUGUGUUGAUGUUCUGAUGAAGGUUUUUAUACGUUGUGCAAUUUUUGGCAGCAUGAUUGUGAAGAAAUAUUUCAUCUAGAUGUGAAAUUAAUGACUUUAUGCAAUAAAAAGAAAAAUAUCAAGAG